AACCCAACAUUUCUCACGUCAGAGCUGAAGUUGGAGAAGUUUGAUGAGACAGAGACACAAGAGAGCUGGAAGAGAGUAAAUCCAGCAGAAACGCAGAGGAACGAGGAGCUGUGUGUUAACCUAAAGCUUUUGUCCUCCUUUCUUACUCACCAUUUUUUCACUGUGCUGGAAUUUUGCACUGCCCUGUGGAUGUGGACGUGAGCUGCUUGCUUUGUCGCUCAUUUUCCUUCUUGGUGCUGCUGCAUUGCUUAAAAUGUCCUUCUGGAUUUUAAACUGGUGUUUUGGAGUCGUUAAGAAUUUAUCAGCAGAGAUGGGACUCGACUCAACAGCUGAGGAUUAUAUGAUUUUCACACAACAGUAGCAGCUCAGUGCUGGGAUUUAAACUCACAACCUUCUGAUUAAUAGCCCAAAUCCUUAAGCAGUGAGUCACCACGUGAAUGUCAGGAAGUGGUUGGAUUUUAACUCCCAGACGUUCUACAGGAGAUGUUAUGAAAAUAAAUGAAGUGGAUUUCAGAGGACAGAAAGAAGCUGGAAAGACUUUUGGACCUUUAACUUGACCCCUUGUUCCUCACUGCACAUUCUCAUCUCUAUGGACGUGAGUGAUUUCCCCCCUCAGACCCCUCGCACCCCACUUCACCUCACCCUCCGCUGCCAUGUUGUUCCUGUAUGUUCUGUGUUUUGUGUUGGACCUGGGCGGCGCUCUGUGGGACUGGAUGAAACCCGAUCAGGUGGAGAGCGACUGGGAACGUUUCAGCGGCGUGUUUAAACCCAGAUCUCCUCCUCACAUCAUCUUCAUCCUGACUGAUGAUCAGGGCUUUAACGAUAUCGGAUACCACAGCACUGAGUUUCACACCCCCACCCUCGACAAGCUGGCAGCUGAAGGAGUUCGACUGGAGAAUUAUUACGUGCAGCCGCUGUGCACGCCAUCACGCAGCCAGCUCAUCACGGGCAGGUAUCAGAUCCACACGGGCCUCCAGCACUCCAUCAUCCGUCCCCGUCAGCCGAAUUGCCUCCCACUGACCAUAUCCACGCUCCCGCAGCGCCUUCAGGAGGCCGGUUACUCCACCCACAUGGUGGGAAAAUGGCACUUGGGCUUCUACCGUAAGCGCUGCCUCCCGACACACCGUGGCUUCCACACGUUCUUUGGCUCGCUGACAGGAAGCGUGGAUUAUUACACGUUCGACUCAUGUGAUGGGAAAUCACUGUGUGGCUUUGACCUGCAUGACGGAGACUCGUUAGCAUGGAGUAAAGCGGGAAAAUACUCCACUCACUUGUACACUCAGAGAGUGCGCAAGAUUUUAGCGACACACAAACCGUCUCAGCCGAUUUUCAUUUUCCUGUCGCUUCAGGCGGCUCACGCGCCUUUAAAACCACCCAAGUCAUAUAUUUAUCCGUAUCGCAGCAUGGGGAAUGUGCCACGUAGGAAAUAUGCAGCUACAAUCUCCAUUGUGGAUGAGGCGGUGCACAACAUUACGUACGCGCUACGCAAAUACGGCUACUAUCGUAACUCCAUCAUCAUUUUUUCCUCGGAUAAUGGAGCACAGCCCUUCACUGGAGGGAGCAACUGGCCCUUAAGAGGGCGCAAGGGGACUUACUGGGAGGGUGGAGUCAGAGCCCUGGGGUUUGUGCACAGCCCACUAAUACGCUACAAGCGCAGGAUUAGUAAAGCACUAAUCCACAUCACGGACUGGUUCCCGACUCUUGUACAUUUGGCCGGAGGAAACAUUUCACAGAAUGAGAAAUUGGAUGGUUUUGACGUUUGGCCGGUUAUCAGCGAAAGUAAAAUGUCCCCCAGGUAUGAAAUCUUACACAACAUCGAUCCUCUGCACCGGAGAGGUUUAGGGUCACUGCAAGAAGGCAAGGGAUUGUGGGAUACGGCGGUCCAGGCAGCUAUAAGAGUGGGAGAUUGGAAGCUUCUCACAGGAGAUCCGGGUCAUGGUGACUGGGUCCCACCUCAGCUGUUAAGCAGCUUCCCUAUCGGAUGGUGGAACCUGGAGCGAGGAAACGUGGACAAGGAAAAGAAGUCGAUUUGGCUCUUUAACAUAACGGCAGAUCCGUGCGAGAGAAACGACCUGACUGAGAACCGACCCGAUGUGGUGAAGAAACUACUCCAGCGCCUGGCCUUCUACAACAGCACAGCCACGGUGGUCCGGUACCCGCCAGACGACCCGCGCGCCAACCCACAGAACAAUGGUGGGGCCUGGAGACCCUGGGUGAAAGACGAGGAGAGUGAGGUGAACUGGGACGGAGUCUACUACAAACGAGGAAGGAACCGGAAGAGGAAGAAGUGUAGGUUCUGUAAUAUCCAAUCUUUCUUCAAGAAACUCAACAAAAAGAUCAUGGCUAGUAAAAUCUGAGGAGAUCCAGAACCUUCCAGAACCUUCUCACUCAGUCAUCACACAGAAGCCAUAUAAAAGACAGAGAGGUUCUGCAGGAAAACCUGCACAUUUUUACUUUAACUCUUCCUUAUAAUUACCUUUAAAUGUUAGUAAAACAAAUGAACACUGAGAGACGAGUCUGCAGGAUACACAGAAUACACUUUAGACCUAAAUGGAUCCCAGAGUUCAUUUAUUUCAAAGAACCUCCUCACAAUCACACCUUAGCUAAGGUUAAAGUUUCUAAUAGUAGAAGCUAACUACCAGUUUAGCGUCAGGUGACAUGUAUAAUCAUCACACACUCGCCUCGGCAUGGCGGCUCCUUCAUUUCUUCAUACACACACAUACACACACACACACACACACACACACACACACACACACACACACACACACACACACACACUUACUUUAUAUCAUUUCUAACAAAGAUUCUUCUUUCUUCUGACUGUAAUCAGACCUUUUCUUUGAUCUCUAACACAGAAGGAUUUUAAGCUGAGCCUGAAAUUUCAUCAGACGUCGUGACAGAAAUCCAAACAGGAGGAAAUAUUUUACACUUCAAGACGUUGAUGUAACUGUUAAUGUAUUUAAAUCAACUCGUAUCUCAGUCUCUACAUCACUGUGGAAAGGUCAGGAACAUUAAAGCUGUAAAAAACCCCAGAGCUCCAGACCACUGAGCUCCAGAACACUGAGCUCCAGAACACAGAGCUCCAGAACACAGAGCUCCAGAAGCCUGUGGAGUCACAUGGUUAGUCUCCUGAUCUCAUACAUUAUUUUACUGUGAACCUUUGUUUAAAUAAUAAAACAUUUGGUGUAAAAGGACUUAAAGACAUUUUGUUCAUCAGGAUGAAAGUGUGUGCACUGACGGAUCAGUCACACUGUGUGUGUGUGUGUGUGUGUGUGUGUAAUGUCAGUGGUGAACUUGUCCUACACUUGUGUUAUGAUGAUUAAUGAUGAGUUGUGUAAUGAUGUUUGUACUACAGGAACUCUGUAGAAUCUGAUCCUGAUCCACGAAAAUCUUGUCUCUGUAUUAAAACCGUAAACUCGA